GUGAAACAUGGACUUCCAGCCAUCCUCGUCUAUGGGGAGAAUUAAGUAUAUGUCGAGUAUUUUAACAGUGGACAUCUGUCCCUUGAGUUGGACGAAAAAGCAGUCAACUCACGGUUGAAAUGCCUAAUUUACUACACUGUCAUGGAACCAAAAGAGUUAUUACAACGUUUUGACACUCGCUCACGCUUGUUGCUCCGAGCUCUCUUCUUGGGGUCUGCUGGAGUUUAUAAAGCACUGAAAGUGUUUAAUCGCCAGCGCACUUUGGAUACUUCUUUCUCGGUGCAUAAUCUCCUGGAAAUACUGUGCCAAGGAGAACCCUGCUUACACAGGGAUACCCAAGGACUGACAACCAAACCUUUGGUGUGCUUGUUUCCUGCAUCAUUCAAAUGGAGCCUCCUGUCCUUUCUUCACGUCGUACACACCGGGCUGUCAAAAGAGUGCAUCCUGAGUUUGUUGGACUGUUUGCGCCAAGAAGACGAUGUAGCUCCAUGGACUGCCGCACUGAUUGGCCAACUGCACAGAGACAUAAGAGACCCACAACGGGAGAUUCUGACUCCACAGUGCAGACAGAGUGUGAGAGAACUUUCUGAUCAGUUCAAGGGCACUGGCCGAAGUGGCGGAUGGUCCUCUUACUUCGCUAAACCAGAAAUUUGUCCGACGGAAAUAGUCCCCUCGAGUCAGUCCCAGAAGAGGAAAAGUGAGAAUUUGGACGUGGACUCCGACCCUAGCAAUGAAGGACAACAGAGCAAGAGGAUGAAGAUGGAGCUGCCCAACUCUGCUGACGGUGGUGUACCAGAGGAGGUUGCUGGAGAGACCGAGGGUUCACCAGCAGACGAGAAGUCUCCUCCUCAGGACCGAACCCCUGUUGAUGAUGCAGCGGCAUCACUGUUGCCGCCACCUGACUCCAACUCAGUUACGUUACCAGACCACAUAAAGGCUGCAGUUCCAUUCAUUAAAGAACUUCUAGAGACUGAAAUGGAGUGGGAUCAAAGCACUGUGGCCACCCUUGGACUGCUGAAUGAGUGCAACCCCAGUCAAGUGGAUGUGCUGUGGGGGCUGCUGCAGCUGUCUGAGGUCAGAGAGCAGACCUUACCCCAGUUCUGUUCCUGUCUGCUGGCGCUCUCUCCAGACCUGAGCCACAGCGUGGCGGCCGCCCUCAUCAGGAACCUGCUGCUCAGCAAGGUGGUCUGUUUGUCUGAGCCAGCCUCUCGGUGGUUGGCGUCCGCCGUGUCAUCAGUGUGCGCCCGCUACCCCAGGCCCAUGUGCCAGGAGCUCAUAAAGCCUAUUCUGGAGGGAGGCCAGGCAGGAACUGUUCAAGUUGAAUUGAUCAGCAGACUGAUAGAGGAUUCCCUGGAGCCCCAGUAUAGACUGCUGGUCUUUGGAAUGACUCUCUCCGGAUCCUGGAAUGAGAGUGUACUCUCCGUCAUCCACUCUCUUCUGGAUACAAGGCUGGAAUUGACAGAUGAAUUUUUCACAAGGUUCACAAACCAACUCAGCAGUCAGUCGCCCUACUUUGUCAAGUCCAUGAAGUUCGCCAAGAUGCUCCUCACAGUCCUGACCAAAUACCAGAGCCAUGUUAAAGGUGAAUGUAAACACAUUCUGUCCUGCUGCCUGGAUGCUAAUGAAACAUUUCUGAAGAAGUCUCUUCAGGCGGCACUCAAACGGAUUUCACACUCAUGAGAGAGACCUCAAAAAGCAACUCUACUAGGCUACAUCAAAAACGGAUGGAUACUGUGGCUGUUUCUUGAAAUGCAUCGUAUGAGGCUAAGACAUGUUUAUUGUAAAAUAGUUGUAUUUAAAUAGUUUCUGAUUAAAUUACAUGAAAACUGUAA